AUGAAGCUGAAAGUGAUUAUUUCGUGUGUGCUUAUUUUUGCUGUGACCGUUGUAUCCUGUGAACGUUCAAAACACAAAGCUUCGUACCGUGAGGAGCAUCCUCGUGAAACUUGUCAAAAGUUUAACAAGCAGAUACAAAUAUUUCGACCGCAAGGGUUAGAGCUAAAACAAAAUGUUGCGAAAAACCUGCGUUCUAUUGAUCUAGAGGUGUACAUUAAUCAAGAGAAUGCCACACAUAGCUCGUAUGACAUUUGGGCAAACGCUACGGUCGCACAUCGUGGACAGAAGCAGUUAAUCAUAAAGCAUCCCUCGGUAGUAGUCCUUCCACGGGAUUCAUUUCAGUACUCCAUUACCGAACAUUACCGACAUGGACCUUCGAAGCAGUUUAACUGUGAAUUCCGUGUAAAUGGAGAACGCAUGAAGGUUGUGCCCAGACCAAAUAUUGCACAGCACUGCUACGUGUUUCGUCCCAAAAUUACUCAACCCAGUGUAAAGCGCAACUAUGCCGCUGAGAAAGCUCUACUAGAGGAAAAGAUCAACGAUCAUCUUACAUUAUGUGAAGGAACAUAUGUAACAAAUCUACUCGUCCUAACCGAUGUCUACGAGGGCAUUCAGACUAAGCAAGCACUAGAACAAUACGUGGUUAAUCGGCUUAACUCACUGCUGCCGGCGGUAGACUGGCGUGAAACGGUGGAGAACGUUUACCUUAAUCAAGACAGGAUAGUGUUUGCCGUAAAAUCGAAAUUAACGAAGCUGAAAAUCCUUCACAGCAUCCGGGACACUGAUGUGGCUAAAACUAUCAUUGAUUAUAAAGAGCUUGGCCUUGUGGUAGAUGACUAUAAAGAGAGUAGUGGGGAUUAUGAUAAGUAGGAUAGUACUACUGUCUGAAAAUCCCUCAUCAAAAUUUACGAAAAUAAUUAAUA